AUGAAUCCAUUGGACGUGGUGAAUAAACUCGUGAUGACGACAAGCAUGGACAUGGCGUUCAAAGUGUCUACGACCACAAUUAAAAAUAAUGUGAACGACGGUGUAACAUUGCUGGAGGAUUUGUCGAAACUACGCGCCAGCGCCAGCACAAGUGCCACUAUUGAUAUCAUUUAUGAGACGACAUACGCCACAAAGCCCAACAGGACGUCGGACGGGACAAUAGGGAAUCGUAUAAGCGCGCUGUACUGGACAGAUAUCGCUCUUGUGACCCUCUUUGUCGUUCUCAUUGUGAUAACAGUGAUUGGGAAUACCCUUGUGAUAUUAUCCGUGAUUACCACGAGGCGCUUGAGAACUGUGACCAAUUGCUUCGUGAUGAGCCUUGCCGUCGCUGACUGGCUAGUCGGCCUCUUUGUCAUGCCACCUGCAGUUGCUGUUCACUUAAUGGGUACAUGGGAGCUUGGCUGGAUUCUGUGUGAUAUUUGGAUAUCAAUGGAUGUUCUCCUCUGCACGGCGUCCAUACUGAGCCUAUGCGCCAUUAGCAUAGACAGAUAUUUAGCUGUAACUCAGCCACUGAACUAUUCGCGGCGGAGAAGAUCAAAGAGAUUGGCUCUCUUCAUGAUACUUGUAGUGUGGAUUUUGGCCUUGGCAAUAACCUGCCCGCCAAUUCUUGGAUGGUAUGAGCCUGGAAGGCGUGACUUAAAGACGUGCCGCUACAAUCAGAAUCUGGGAUACGUCAUCUUCUCUGCGAUGGGAUCCUUCUUCAUUCCAAUGACGGUUAUGAUUUAUGUUUACGUGCGGAUAUCAUGUGUUGUAGCAUCGCGCCAUGAUCACAUGGCUGAGAUUGAGGUGCACAAGAAAUGCCAGCGCAACAAUGCCGAGGCCGAAGUGUACUUCGAUCACGACACUUCGGAACAGGAGCCACCUAGUCCCAAGAGGUCGCAGUCAUUUGGCCAAUUAACCAAACGCGACUACUUUGUCAAGACAAACUCCGCUGAGGAUAUUGAUAGGAAUGCCAAACAGUCUCGAAAUGGACUUUAUGAGCUCGUUGAUUGCUCAUCAAGAACACCUUCGCUGAAGCGCUACACGGCCAUUAACUCGAAGCAGCCGGACGGAAACUGGUCCAAUCAGUUUAGUGGCACCACCAAGGAAGUUCCCGCGUCGGGAUUCGCAAUCUCCAAGCAAAUUCGUGUUCACCAGAAGUCCAUGUCCAACCGCAUCCUGUCACUAAAGAGAGAGAACAAGACCACACAGACACUCAGCAUCGUCGUUGGUGGUUUCAUCGCCUGCUGGUUGCCCUUCUUCGUCUGCUACCUCAUCACACCAUUCAUCCCUGAGCACUACAUCAAUCCCAUUCUUGUGGGCUUCCUCACGUGGCUCGGCUGGUUCAAUAGUGCAGUUAAUCCAUUCAUCUAUGCCUUCUACAGUGUCGACUUCAGAACCGCCUUUUGGCGACUGACCUUCCGGAAGUUUUGCAAGAACAAAAAUUCGCACAAAGUACCAUUUGCCAGUAACACCAUGUCUAUUAAGCGCUUCUUGGAACAGGGGAUGGUCUCUAAAUCCGAAAACCCGGAUCAAUAAAGACGUAGGC